AUGGAAGCUGCUACCACAAGCUUUAGGGACCAACUGCAGAGCCUGAGCCUUGAGCUGCAGAGUGCACUGAAGCAGCUCGCAUCCAAAGAGGAGCGAGCCAAGGCACGAGCCAUUGGCGCGCACUUGGCCAAGGUCAAGGUGUUGGCCGGCGGGGCGGAGGAGGUAAAGGACCUGCCUCAGGGGGUGACCUGGUUCAACCUGUCGCGGCCGCUCAGCCUCAGCCACGACCUUCGUGGCAAGCUCUCCGUCCUCGACUUUUGGACGUUCUGCUGCAUCAACUGCAUUCACGUUCUUCCCGAGCUUGCCGAGCUGGAGCACAAGUACGCCGACCGUGCGGUCGUCUUCGUGGGCGUGCACUCGGCCAAGUUCGAGAAUGAGAAGGAGAACGAAGCGAUCAAGCAGGCGGUGAUGCGUUACGACAUACACCACCCCGUAGUGAACGAUGCGGACUUGGUCUUGUGGAAUGCCUACGACAUCCACUGCUGGCCGACGCUCAUGCUCGUGGGACCCGAUCUAAAACCGUUGGCGCUGUUUACGGGCGAAGGCAACAAGGCGGCCGUGGACGAGUUCAUCGCGGUGGCACUGGAUUCGUUCGACAAGGCCGAAUUCAGCGACCACGCUCUCCCCACCCUGUUGGAGCAGAACAAGUCGCCUGCGACUUCGCCGUUGCUGUAUCCGGGCAAGAUCGCGAUCGACAACGAGCACGGCCGACUCUUCAUUUCGGAUUCCAACAACCACCGGAUCGUGGUGACCGACCUCCAGGGCGCCUUCCUCGAGGAGAUCGGAACCAGGGGGUCGCUGGGGUUCAAGGACGGCAGCUACGCCGAGGCCAAGUUCAAUCGCCUUCAAGGCGUGGCCUACCACAAGACCGAUGAACACGAACGUCUCUAUGUCGCCGAUGCCGAGAAUCACGCGCUGCGCGUGGUUGAUCUCCUGGCAAAGACGGUGACAACGCUCGCGGGCGAUGGCACCCAAGGCAACGACUUUGUGGGCGGCAAGUCGGGCAGGGAGCAGCAGCUCUCGACCCCCUGGGACGUCGCACUCUCCCCUGACGGCCAGCAGCUGUUCGUGGCCAUGGCCGGCACGCACCAGAUCUGGGAGGUCUCGCUCGAUUCCAGCGCCGUCACCAACUACUCCGGGGAUGGCCAAGAGAUGAACCGAAACAACACCAACCGCCUGAAAGCAUCAUGGGCGCAGCCUUCGGGUCUGAGCGUAGGUCCGACCGAGAUCUUCAUCGCCGACGCCGAGAGCAGCACCAUUCGCGCCAUUCACCGCACCAACGGCAAGACACGCACCAUCGUCGGCGGCGACAUCGACCCCAAGAACCUGUUUGCGUACGGCGACAAGGAGGGAAAGGCGAGGGAGGCCCGGCUGCAGCACCCGCUGGGCGUGUGCUGGGUCGCCGGCGGGCUCAACCGGGUGGUCACGACGGACACCUACAACCACAAGGUCAAGCUGCUGGAUCCCGCCACCAAUGUGAUCUCCUUCUGGCUGGGCAACGGCAAGCCCGGCCUCAGUGACGGUGUUGGUGCCGAAGCACAGUUCUACGAACCCUCGGGAGCGUGCGUGACCGCAGACGGAAAGACCGUCUUCGUGUGCGACACCAACAACCACGCCAUUCGGGUGAUCGACGUCGACACGGCGGCAGUGCGCACGCUGGAUCUGACCGGUUUCGCUGCUGCUGCGACCACCUCCGCACCAGCAGCCUCGACCACUUCCACGCCACAGGCCCAGCCGCUCAAGCGCCUGGUCAACAGGAGCAGGGCCACGAUCACGCGCCGGGGUCCAUUCGUCAUUCCGGCCUCGGGCGAGCUGAAGCUGCGGAUCAAGAGCGCCGCGAUCCCGCCGGCCGGCCACCACUUCACGCCCGGCGCGCCCUCGCAGUGGCAGCUCGUCGCGCCUCAGGGCCAGCCGUCGGCGCUGUUCAGCGACUUCACGGCCAUGCGAGGCAAGUUCAGCACCGAGGCGGUCGACGACGUUCUCGUUACGCUGCUCAUCAGGGAAGACGCUGCGGCCGAAGGCGAGACGCUCGAGUGGGAGGCCAACGUGUACUACUGCUCGGACGACGAAGGGACGUGCAGCGCCGAGGCCCUUUUGAUCGAGAUCGUCCUCGAGAAACAACAGGAAACCGCCUCGCCAGCGACGACGCCCGCGGACGAGGUCGACGUGCAGUACACAAUCCAGCUCGCCGCGUGA